GGAAAAUCCCGGUUGGGAUUAAUAGUUGGGUAUAGGACAAAGCCCCUGAUAGGGGUGGUCCCCAUGAUAGCUGGCGGUCGGGUCACCCUAGGGCUGGGGGUGCCUGUGACAGAGCGGUCAGUGGGGCCCCGCUAGCAGAGUCUGUGCGUGACUGAGGCAGCCUGGAUUCACCAACCGACAGUCAACACCUUGGACUUUCAGGAAAGCACAGUGGAGGGGCACAGAAAGGAAACCUCCCGAUAGCAGGACUGAGCCACAGACUUCUCUGCUGCACCUUCCCUUGGCCACUUGCAAAGCCUGCUUGGAGGGGAGGCUGGCUCGGGAACCCAGGCCUCCCAGCUGAUUUUAAAAUGUCCAUGACUUUUAAACUCUGGGGAUUUUUUGGCUGGGUGGUUCUGGGAGAGCUGCCUGGGUGGCUAAUGGGAAGCAAGAGAGGGCAGGAGGCCAGUAGUUAAGCCUGCUAAUUGCACAAAGGAUCAGACCAGGCCACUCUCACCUGACAGCAGUUUCAGGUCCCAGCAAGGAAUGAGGCUCUCUCCCAAGGCCCCUCGUAAAUUAAAGGCAUUUAGAAAUAAUAGGGAAACAAGUUAGGUUUGCCAGGAAUGGCUCCCUUAUGGCAACUCUAGGUUCAGCACACAUCUAUCAGCAUAGUGCAGGCCAUGAUUUUCAGUGCCUACAAGUGCCAGUACGAUUGGGUCCCAUCCUGUUAGGGGCUGUACAAACACACAGAUAGACACCGUCUGCCGGCAUCCAUAGAUUCUGCUCCCAGAUAGGGUCCAUGCCACAACCUGUGUCCCUUCUGAGCUGCUACUAAAGAGGAUCACAUGUAAUACCAAAUAAGUGCUGCAAUGUCUAAGCAAGAAACCAUUUGUAGUACAACCUAACCCUGCUGAAGAGUUUGGUGGACCCUAAAGAAGAACGUCAGACUGAUAUCUACCAACAGUGAGAUUAUACCACCUCUCCACCAGAGAAAGCCAGCAGUGCUGAAAGGAAUAGACCUGGGCACUUGCACAACCAAAUGGACAGUGGAUUACCUCAGCCAAACAGCAGGAACUAAAGAAGUAAAGAUUCAUGUUUCCACAGUGCCACAGAUGGACUUCCUCAGUAAGAACUUUGUAUAUAGAACAUUGCCUUUUGAUGUGUUUGUACGGAGAGCAGCUGAAGUCAAACAUAACGAGUAUUUUAUAUCUGAGGAUGAGAAAUACUACUUGCGAUCACUGGGUGAAGACCCACGAAAGGAUAUUGCAGAUAUCAGAAAGCAGUUUCCUUCAUUAGCAGAAGAUAUUCAAAUCCCAGAAUAUUUUGAAAAGGAACAGUUCUUCUCCAGUGUCUUCCGCAUCAGCUCAGCAGGACUGCAACUCUGGACACACUAUGAUAUAAUGGAUAACUUCUUAAUCCAGAUAACAGGAAAAAAAAGAGUUAUACUGUACAAUCCUCGAGAUGCACCAUAUUUGUAUUUAUCAGGCACUAAAUCAGAGGUCCUAAAUGUGGAUAACCCAGACCUGGAGAAAUAUCCCCUUUUUAUGAAAGCCAGGCGCUAUGAAUGUUCUCUUGAAGCAGGCGAUGUGUUGUUCAUUCCAGCUUUAUGGUUCCAUAAUGUAAUUUCUGAAGAAUUUGGAGUGGGAGUGAAUGUCUUUUGGAAGCAUCUUCCUUCUGAGUGCUAUGAUAAAACAGACACUUACGGAAACAAAGAUCCUACAGCUGCUUCCAGAGCUGUGCAGAUUUUGGACAGGGCUUUGAAAACACUGGAGGAACUGCCUGAGGAAUAUAGGGAUUUUUAUGCCCGGAGAAUGGUUUUACGCAUCCAAGAAAAAGCCUAUAGCACUAACUAUGAAUAAACAGUCAACAAGUCAACCAAACUCCUCUGAAAGUAGGGAGAAGUACAGAUAUGGAUACUGUACCUGAAGACACUUUGAGAAGACUUUGAUAAAAACAGUAGUGCUCAUUGUUUGUGGAUGAAUACUUAUUUCAUAGCCCAUAGAUGUUGUUUUAAUAGAUCCCAUUUCUACUAAUCCACAUGCAGUGUAGUCUGCUUGAUGCAGAUGUGGGUCUCAUCUGUACAACAGUAAGGGGUCAAUUUAAAAUUAUAUACAUUAUAUAUAUAUAUAUAUAUAUA